GCUCAUGCGUCGUGUGCGGCCGUCGGGAUUUCCGGAGGACGCGUCGGAGAUCGAGGUCACGGCCUCCUUGUACAAUCCUGAGAUCGCCCGCCUAACGGUAACGUCAUCCGAGGACCUGUACCGCACCAGCGUCCCCUCGGUUCCCGAUCAGCACGAGGCCACAUCUCGCCUGGUCACCGUGUACACGACCAAGCUGGGCGACAUGGUGGUCUAUAGACCGGGAGACCGGCAGAUACUGUUCGAGACCGACCUGUCCCGACUAGGUGUACACUCCCCGGUUCGUGCAGCUGGUGACGCUUGUACCGACCACGAAACUGUACGGCCUCGGAGAAAGUAGGGGGCCCCUGGAGCGCAGCAUCGUCCGGCCUCACGUUGGGUUUAACCGGGACCUGCGA